UGUGUGCGGGGCGGGUUAUUCCGAUAAUGGCGGCUUCCAGGCUGCCCCCAGCUGCUCUCAGCCUGAAACAGUUCAUGGUCAGACAGCAGGUCUUGUGUCUGUACAGAGGUAUUCUGCGAGCUGUACGUCAAAUCCCAAGUCCCACUGACCGACGCUAUAUGAAAGAGUGGGCCAGGGGCGAGUUCAAAAGGAAUAAAAGAGAGAGAGAGGAGAUCACUAUCCGUAUGAUGAUAACUUAUGGACAGAGGCAGCUGCAGGAGUUGGAAAGAUCGCUUCAGCUGGCCAAAUCUUAGACUCAGGCUGGAGUUAGGAUUACCUCCAUAAAUCAGGCUCAGGUGUGGACGGAGGUGAUAAUCUUUCACUAUCGACAGAUCAGUUGGUCUGUAAACUAUUGUAUGAUCUGGAUAGGCGUUGCGAUGGGAUAUUUACUUCCCAUGUACAACAUCUA